CCGCGUAAUAUCAUUGCAAUGGGGCUGUUCCCCCUCGCCCCCACUUCAACGUCGACAUUCACGCUCCCCCCACUCGAGGAGGACGCGCCGGGCGCCGAGCGCCUCCUCGGCACACUCGGACGACAAGCAUUAUCUAUCCCAGCUUUCUCCCUACUCAAGCCGGCCAUCCCCAAAGAAACCUCUCUUCCCUCACUGCCUGCUAUUGACGAGCUUGACCUAAGCGUCGGCGAUGGAAUUUUCCCCGCCCUUGAUGUGGGGGUAUACGAUGCCCCGCUGGCGGAAGAAGAUGAAGAUAGUCCUACGUCAUCUACUGCGCUGAAGCGCGGCGUGGAGACAUGGCGCGCCGCCGCCGAUCCUGUCGCAGGUCCGUCGCGUACACAGCCACUGGCUUGGGAUAGGGAACAUGCACACUUUCUCUCAGAGUCGCCAGCGUUUGAGGCGCUGCUGACCGCCUCCGAGCCGCCCCUCGCCCUCCCCAAACUCCGGCCUCCGACAACCGCGGCGCCAUCUCCUGGCCGAUCCGUCCUUGACCUUCUCAUGCGUGCCACGCUAGGAACAGCGCUCAGCGGUACCGUGCGCUGGUCUUCGCGAAGUGGCGGGUUUGUGUACUCAGACACUGGUGCACGGCCAUCUGGUAUUGAGCGACGAACCGCGGUAUCUGUGAUGGACGAGUUUCUUGCGAUUGGGACCGCCGUUCGACGGCUCGAGAUCAUUGUGUCAGAACACAGGGCUACACCUCUCACACCCACCCAUCACGCUCUCUUCUAUACUCUUUCCACCAUCUUGACUUACGUCAAGGACCGACUCGCUGCCGGCGUCGAGGCGGCGGUUCGGAAACAGGAUCCCAGCGCUCCGUGGCUACGCCGCAGCACGGCAUUGGCGGGCACUCGCGAGUUGACAACCACGCUGUGCGAGGUUAUGUGCUGGCCCAUUAACACAGCCAAACCCGUCGGGCUGCCAGCACGACCCGCUUCAGUCCUCUCCCUUUUACACGCACAUCUUGUUGCGAAUCUUUCGACCGCCAGCGCCGAGCAGCAGCGUGGAUAUGUCGUGCUCUCGCUAGCAUACCUUCUUUCGCACGCAUCAAAACCCUUCAUUGAUCUUCUGCAUCAGUGGAUUGGGCUUGCAAACGAUUCACGCACGGAGGAGUGUGAGGAUCCCGAGGCGCAGCCUUGGGCUGACCUCGGCAUCACUCGUAUACCACUGCCACCCGUCGAUGGACAAGAUGUGCGAUGGGAUUACACCUUCUCCGCACGCCGCAUGCCCGCGUUUGUUCCUCGCAACGACCGGCGCACACUGUUCGAGGCGGGGCGCAGCUUGCGCGCGCUGCGGGAGGCAUCGAAGGGGCUUCAUCCGCUAUGCUCGACCGAUUGGCCCCUCCGUGCGUCUUGGGGAUGGGGGCGCGUGAAUGAACAGCCCAAUGACGUGCGCGCGCAUGUCCGCCGCGUGCAGCGCGAGAUUGAACACUGGCGCGGCGCUUCGGGCGUUCGGACGCGCACGAUCUCAGCAUCAUCGCUUGGCAGUCUCAAUUCGAGGCGGCGUGCUGCACAUACUCCAACUCCUCCCUCCUCGCGUGGCGCGAGUGCCCCAUCGUCACCGGUCAAGACCAAGGCAGGGAAGGAUAAGGACAAUGACUUCUGGGCCGUGUUCGAUCUGCCUCCUGGUGGUCAUAUGGAACGCAAUAGUGCGACCUCACUGUGGGCGCCUGCCCCGCUCGUCGAGCUCGACGCGUUCGUGCAUCGGCAUUCUGAUCCGAACGAGCCACUCCUCCCACAUGAUUCGCCCACGCUCGAGCUGUACAUCUCCACUCAUCUUCUUGCCCCUUUACUCGCCCAUUCCGCACUUAUCUCUCGCUCCCUUGUCUCCCUAUACAUCGACGACCUCCACUUCCUCGAUCAUCUUGAUGUGCUGAGGGCGUUUUGGCUUGGCGGCGAUGCCGGAUUUGCUGAACGAGUCGGCUCCGCGCUCUUUGGCAAGGGCCAAGCUGGCGUUGGAGAGGCGCUGGGACUGGGACGACGCGCGCGCACUCGCGCUCGCUUGGGUCUCGAUGGAGACGUCGUCGCGAUGCCGGAGGGCGAGUGGGGCGUGGGGCUCGGCCUCGGCCUAAGUGACCGCAGGAAGUGGCCACCAGGCGGCUCUGAGCUGACCUAUGCUCUUCGUACGGCACUGCUUGACGAUGAGAUUGUCAACUUGUGCCACCGAGGUCCCGUCUGGGAGAAUCUCGAGGAUCGGGUUUCAUUCGCCGUCCACUCUCGUCCCGAUGAGGCGGAGGGCGGGCGACGAGCACGCUGGCUCAAUCCUCAAGCCAUUGAAGCACUCGACUUCCUUUACUUGGCCUACUCACCACCGACCGUGAUCGCCAAUCUGCUUCCAGCAAGCAUUAUGGAGAAAUACCAGCGCGUGCAUAACCUCUUGCUGCGGCUUUCACGUGCCGAUGCGGUACUGCGUCUGCUAUACUUCUCCGUGCUCCGUCCGUCGGCUGCACAAGUUGGCGGGCCCCUCAACACGGGUGUGGACAGCAAGUACAAUCGCACAAAGACCCAGAUCGGAUCAUCAUCUCGAGCGCAGCUUGGCCCAUUCCAUGUCGGCUCGGAGGCAGAACAGAUGGCCCUGUUUCUCCGCUACGAGAUGUCUUGGUUCAUCUCCACGUUGAGCCGGUACGUGCUUGACACAGCUGUCGGCCAGAACUGGGAUGUGAUGCGCCGCCGCCUGGACAAGCUACGCCGCCGGGCAGCUAUGGCCACGGGCACCGACUCGCGCCCAAUGACACCAGCUGCUGAGUACGACGACGACUAUGAGGACCUCGAUUUUGAGCUUGACGAGGCGGUAGGUGACGCCGAGGACGAGGGAACGGCUCAACUUGGCGCUCUGUCGCAACUGCAGUCUGCGCACUCGCUAGUGCUGUACCACAACAUCAUCCUGAACCGAAUACUUCGUGCAUGUUUGCUCAGUGACAAGCCAGGGCACCAAGUCACGUUCAAGAUCCUCAUGUCGCUACUCUCUCUCAUUCUCGACCUGGCAAAAACAGUCGCUGAGGUGGAGCGGAAGACAAUGACUGUUGAAGACGCUGCGCUUCACGUGUCGACAAUUCGACAGGACUGGAUGGACAAGAAGGCCGUUUUCCUGCACGCUUUGGAACGGCUGUCCCUGCGGACGAGUACGACGCAGUCCCUUGAUCGGCGGGCGGAGAAGACGCAUGAAGAAGCGGAUCUUCAGCUUCUUCUGGAUGGAGAGGGCGACGAUAGGGCGGAAUCACAACACGCUGCUCCGGGCUCCGCCGAGCUCCAGGAACUGUUACUUCGGCUCAAGCUGGGGGGUGGAGCGGGCAGAUAGUCUUGAGUGACAGUGAGGGUGACUGCGACCAUUGCGGAGGGCGCUGUGGGGUAAGGAAGGGAUUGUGAGAAUGGGCGGUGGUAUGACGCGGGCGCCGAAGGGCGGCGGGCGGGAGGGGUGAG